UGGCUUGAACUCACCUUUGUGUGUGAGAUGAUGCUGAUAAGUGAUGAUGCGCUGGAUAGUCGGCAAAAGUGAGUGAAGUUGGAUGAAGACGACGAUAAAGACACGCAGUCCUCUUGAGAUGAGGCUGACAAGACCAACGAGGUUGCCAAGGCGCUUGGCCGUCUGACGCUCAUGGCUCACUACCGUUGUUCUCUUGGGAGCUUCCUCUUUUGGGAGGGAUUAUGCAUCGUUGUGCAGGCCGGUGGUAUGCGUCCGGUAAAGGCGGCGAUUGCUUGGAGACUUUCGAGGACCGGCUGUUCCCCGCCGGUGAUAGCUACCCGUCGUCCGGACCCUUGUUCUUAUCGUUCCGGUGUUAUCGGCCGUCUUGGUCCCCGUAUUCGUUGUGCGCGCCGGUUGCGCGUGGAUGCGGAUAGAGGUUCAGGUUUUCCGAGGGGAGGAAAUAUCAUGAACAUGUCGAACAAUUUCAGACAUGGAUGAAGACGGCGUUGCCAAUGGCGAGCAUCUUGUAUCUCAUAAGGCAAAUGCCAUUAUACAAG